UCACAGAUAGAAAGGUAAGAAAAUAAAAUUUAGUAAGAAGAUUUGUCUUCUUUUUUAAAUUGAGAAACUAAUAACAAUGCCAAUCAUGCAUUUAGGUACAUUUCUAAAAGUGAAAAUGGUCUUGGCCAAAGGAAAACGAUGAGAUGUGCGGAAUACCAGAUGAUGGAGGAACGCCUAUAUAAUUGGUUUAUAAAAAAACGACAGCUGAAUGUACGUGUAUCCUCUGAAAUUCUUCGAGAAAAAGCAAAAGUUUUCUGUUCUGAAAUUUAUGGUUCAAAUGUGGAAUUUUUCGCAAGCAAGGGCUGGUUUAAUAACUUUCGAUCAAGAUAUGGAAUUAAAUUUCUAAAAAUUUCUGGUGAAAAAUUAACUAAUGACUCUACGGCUGUGCAGCCAUUUAUUGAACAACUUCAGACAAAAAUUCGUGAAAAGGGGUUAACAAAUUCACAAAUAUACAAUGCAGAUGAAACUGCACUAUUCUGGAAAAAGUUACCAGAUAAAACACUUGCGCUGCGCACCGAAAAAACAGCACCUGGGCGUAAAAUUGGUAAGGAGCGAAUCACGUUAUUGGUUUGUUGCAAUGCAUCCGGAGAACAUAAGCUAAAAUUGUUAAUGAUCGGGAAAGCAAAAAAUCCUAGGGUGUUCAAACAGGUGAAGCUGCCAUUGGAGUAUGCUAACAGCACGAAUGCGUGGAUGACAGAGAUGAUUUUUAGAAACUGGUUUAAGAAUUCAUUUGUUGUACAAGUGCGGAAACAUUUAAAAGAGAAAAAUUUGCCAGUAAAAGCACUUUUAUUGUUGGAUAAUGCCACCUGUCAUCCAUUGUCAUUAGCUAGCUCCGAAGAAGACAUAUGCGUAAUGUUUUUACCCCCCAAUUGCACAGCAUUAGUCCAACCAAUGGAUCAAAAUGCUAUCCGAAUUCUGAAAGUGAACUAUCGUAAAAGUUUCCUAUCAUUUAUGUUAUCAAAUUUAACCGAUAAUUUGACGGAUGUUAUUAAAAAGUUUUCUUUAAAAGACGUUGCAUUUUUGGUGAUGAAAGCUUGGAACGCAGUAGGCACUAAUAUAAUAUAUUCGGAUGACGACUUGCCCCUUGCGCAAUUACGCUCUAAUCCCUGA